AUGGUUGAGUUGCGAGGGGUCCGAAAAAAUAGUCACAUUUUGCUGGAAAUGGUGGCAGAACUUGACCUGCAAGGAUACAAAUAUACGGUCCCUGAACUUAAAACUAAGCUGCAUAACAUAACCGCUAGAUAUCGAAAAGAAAAACAGAAAAUUGGAACAACCGGUGAUUCACCCUCGGACUGGGACCUCUACAAGGAAGUGGAAUGUUUAUUAGCCCCAUCCAAAGCUUACAACUCAGAAGGACUUGUAGUUGAUAUUUGGAAAAAAAAUAUUGAACAAAUUGAAGAGAAAAUCAACAAAACAUCAAAAAGAGUUAUAGAAAUAGAAGAAGAAAAGAAGAAUAUUUUAAAAAAUUAUGUAGAUAGAGUAGCCGAUGUGCAGAAGGCACUUGUAGAAUUUUUGAAGAGACAAUGUUCAUACAUACGCCUAUUUGAGCGCAAUGUUCCCUCAUCAGUUCAAAGCGAUGAUGAUGAUGAUGUUUCCGAAAUACAAAAUUUUUAA